UCCCCGCGGAGCCGAGCGCGCCCCGAGCGCUUUUGGCCCCUCGGAGCCGCCGUCGCGGGGUCACGUGGGCGGCGCGGAAGUGGAGGCGAGGGGCGAUGGAGGGAACGCUGGAACAGCACCUGGAGGAGACCAUGAAGAGCCCGGCCGUGGUGGGCGUGCUGUGCACCGACUCGCAGGGACUCAACCUGGGCUGCAGGGGCACCCUGUCGGAUGAGCACGCUGGCAUCAUCUCAGUGCUGGCCCAGCAGGCGGCCAAGCUCACCUCGGACCCCACCGACACGCCCGUGGUGUGCCUGGAGUCUGACAGCGGGAACAUCAUGAUCCAGAAGCACGACAGCAUCACCGUGGCAGUGCACAAGCUGCUGUCCUGAGCCCUGGGGACCAGCUCUGCUCCCGGCUCCUCCCUGCACUGCCAUGCCCUCUGGAGCUCCACACCUGGGAUGAAGGCUCUCCCUCCCUCUCACCAGCUCCUGGGCAGCUCCCUGGCUCUCCAGCUCACAUUUCAGCCCUUGUGCUGCUGAGGAUGAAGCGUGGGCACACCCCCAGACCCUGUAACAAGCAGAUCCUCCCUGCUGUAUUUGGGGGCCUCAUUUCUUGGAGAAAUCAAUAAAUGACCUGUAAAAAACC